CAACCCAAAAUCACGAACGUUUACUUUUUACUUUAAAUUGCAUUGUGCAUAGAUUAAUGUGGAUUAUUGUGACUUGACGUUAAAAUGGCUGCAAUUUUACGUGUAAAACGCAAGAACACCGAUUCUCCACUGGACGCGUUGGUAAUUGCAUGUAAACGCUCAAAAACUGAGGUUUCCUUUUCAGACACCUCACCUGUAGAAACCGUCGUUCAGUUUGCUGGCACCCUCACAGAUCCGACCGAAAAUGUUACGAAGCAUGUGAGUAAGUUCCUGGACAUAGAAAAUCUCAAAGCUGGUGUCAAGAGAGUAUCUGAUAGUGACUAUCCUGCAAAUAUUUCUGGAAAAAUACCUAAAUGGAUAGAUGACAGAUACAAAGUUACCGAUUACCAAUCACUAGAUACAUCGAACGAUCCAGAGUUUAAGGAUAUGAAUAUGGUACUCAUAGAUGUGGAAGAUCUCUUUAGUGUUCAUCAUCAUACAAUAGAAGAGCAAGUGAAGGAUCUAAAUGUUUCAGAGGAGCUUGACAAUUAUGUAUAUGAUUUGUAUUGUGCACAAACUGCUAAUGACCUAUGGUUUGAAAAUGAUGAGGAUAAUAUAUUGGUACGACGACCAGAUUACUUAGACUCAGUAGAGUUUGAACAAGAUGAUGAAUCUUCAGAUUCUAAUGCAGAAUCAAAUUGGAAAAAUGAUUAUCCCGAUACGGAUCCUGAUCGUACAUCUGAAUCAUUCAGUGAUUAUCUCGAUAUUUCUGGCGACGAAAACGAAUGUGAUGAAUUUAGAAUUAUAGAUCAUUAUGGGCAUAUCCGCAAGAGAAGAAAUGAAGAGAGCAGUAGUUCACACAGCGAUUGGUUGGAGAAAAGCAUGUCAGAUAAGGAAGAAAUAGAAGACGAAAUAUCUUGUAAUGAAGAAACAUCAGAUGAUGAAAAGACGGAAGAAAAAAUCCAUACAUUGUCAAUAAAUGAUGAAGACAUGUAGUUAUGUAAUCUGAAAAUUUUUCAAACUAGGAAUAAAAAAGAAGUGAAUUCGGUCAAUCGCUACACUGGAUAAUGCAUAUUAAAAGCUACUUUAUAUAAAGUAUCUAAAUAUAAUAUAAUCUAUGACAGUGAAAUAAUACAUGUACAUUCUUACAUAACAAUAUUAAAUAUUUAAUCGUUUAAAAUAUUUAUGUGCUUUUACAUUUGCUGAUUUCAUGUAUAGUAGCUUUUAUAAUAUGCACUAAUUUAAUGUAAUGUAUGUGACUGAAUGAUGAUAAUGUAUCUGUUGAAUGAUCGUUAACCUGUACCUUCGCAUAUUUCUAGAUAAUUUAUAUAUCAAAUAUCUUGUUGAAUAUGUAUUUCCCAAUAAACAUUCCUUUUAGCUUA